AUUUUCCGUUUUUUUUUUUAUUUUUUGUAAUUUUUCAAAAAAUUUGGAUAAGAAAAACUUAAAAGUUCAAGAAAAUAUACAUAAAAAUAAUAUAUUCUUUGUUAUUUUUUAAAAAAUAUACUUUACAAUCUAAAAUGAAUUUUUAAUAUUUUAGAAAUUGAAAAAGGUAACGACAUUUUACACAUUGAAAGUUUAUUAAAAACAAAUACCAGAACAUUUGUAUUUGAAAGAGACAUCGAUUGUUUGUAUUUUUUGUAAGUGUCAUUGUCAACAAGGAAGAAAACUUUUUUUCAACUUGUCACAAAUAUUCAUCUAAUAUUAUAUACCGUUAAAUUUUUCACUAUACACUUAUAAUAAUCUUAGAAUAUUUUUUGUAUUUAAGGCUAAUUCGAUAUUAAAAUAAAUUGAAAAAUUUAAUUAAUUAAAAAAGAAAAUAAAAUCACCUAUGUACCUAUAUAUAUAAAAUGGAAUCAAUAGUUCAACAGCAACAAAAUCACCAAUACAACAUACCAUCAACGACAAUUGAAAAAGCCGAUAUAAAUACAACAGAAAAUAUUACUACAUUUAGUGACGCAAUAACUAAUAACGAUAACAAUGCUUACAUUUCAACCACAAAAGCUAUUAGCACUACUACAACCGUUACAAAUACCAAUAUAACUGAAUGUAUUAACACUACUAAUGAAAAUUAUCAAAAUAAAAGCUUUCAUUCAAAAAAUUCAAAUUGCAAUACAAAUGAAACUAACACAAAUUCAAAUACAAUACUACAAGAGCAACUUAAACCACAAAAUGAUCACGCUAAUUCUUCCAAUAUCGACGACAGCAAUGAUGAUGUUAAUAAAUUUGAAUAUAAUAAAAUAAAUAUUAAAUAUGACGAUGAUGAUGGUAAUAACAAUGAUAAUGAUGAUGAUGAUGAUGAUAAAAAAAAUUCUAUUAAAUUAGAAAAUAAAAAUAAUAAUACUCAUAAAUUAAUCGCUGAUGGUAAAAAUAUUGAUAAAAUUUAUAAAAUAAACGCAACGAAUGAUGACGAAACAAUUGAAAAUUUUAUGAGAAAAAGCUCCUCUUCAUCAACAACGAAUCUACGUUUAAAUUUCCCUAAAAGUCAUACAUGCGGUAGUCUUUUUGCAAAUUGUAACUGUGAUAGUAGUAAAAUAAAUUUAAUAACAAAAUCGGCUGCACAAGAUUUUUCAACUACAAAAAAAUCAAUAAUUGUUACGAAUUCAAAUGAAAAAAAAUUAAAAAAUAAUCAAAUUAAUAAUGAUGAAAUUACAACAAAAAAUUCCAAUAAAUCAUUAUUACAAAAUGAUAACAUAGAAUAUAAUUUAAAUUUAAUAGAUGCUAAUGAAAGCUCAAUUUCCUCUCAAAAAUUUUUAAAUUUAAAUCUUUUAAAAGAUAAUUGUAGCAAUAAUUUUCAAGCUACAGAAGAAAAAAUAUUAAAAACAAUUACUACUACCCAACAAACUAAACCGCAACAAGAUCAAAAUAAUUGUUGCUUUCUACCAAAUUCAAAGAAUGAAAACGACAAUUUAAUUUUAAAAAAAAAUCAAAAUGAUAAUAAUCCCAGCUAUUCUAGUAGUGGAUUAAAAACUGUAAAACCGGACGGUUGUAUUUUAAGAAAAACUUCGCAACAAAAUAAAUCUUUAAAUAAUUGUAAAAGAAAAAAUCGAAAAAUUUUUCAAUCAUUUUGUCAUCCCGAUACAAGUUUUAUUUUCACCGAUGAAAAUUGUAAUCCAAAUCUUUCAAAUUCAAAUAAUCAAAUAAGAACAAUAAUAACAAAAAGUGGUAAUAUUUGUGUUAAACAUCCGAAACGUUCAUCAUCACCGAAUAUUGGAAAUUUUACAAUAUUAGAUGUUCAUCCGGAAGUUUUAGUUAAAAUACAUAAAUCAGACCCAAAUCUAAAAAGAAUUGAUAAAAAAUCAUCAAUUGAAUCACAAUCAUCAGUAUCAUCAAUUGAUUCAUCAAUAACAACAUCAUCAUCAUCUUCAACAUCUUUAUGUUCAAUAAAAUCAAAUACAAAUAAUAUUGAAAGAAAAAUACAAUUAAAUAGUGAAAAUUUAUUAAAUUCUGAAAAAAAUAUCGAACAAAGUGAAAAUAGUUUUAUAACACAAAAAUCACAUGUUAACGUUAAUCGAAAAAAUUCAGUUGAUCUUAAUAAUUUUAAAGAAAUCAAUUAUAAAAUUUCACCAAAGCUUAGUUUACCAAAUUUACCAAUUGAACAAAUUAAUAUUAAUAAUAUUGUUAAUAUAAAAGAUAAAAAGUUAGAAUUGAAUUGUUUACCUAAUGGUAAACCACACAGUAAUUCAGAAUCAGAAAAAUUUUCAAAUUCAGAAUUAAAAAAUUCAAAAUUAGAAUCAGCUCAAAAAUAUUUUCAAGAAUCUGGAAUUUUGGGACCAAAUAUUAAGGCUGAAAAAGUUAAUAAAUUAAUAAGAAAAACAUCAAAAAUUAUACAGGAUUCAAAUUUUAUUGAGCAUGUGCGUAAAAAUUCUAAAAUAAUUUUAUGUAAUUCACCAACACCAAUAAAAAAAACUAUUAAAAUUAUGAAUGAAGACGAAAAUAAUACAAUAAAAGGAAAUAAUUUUUUGGAAAAUACCAUCAGUGAAUUAUGUGAUAAAGGAGUUAAUAAUACAACAACAACUAAUAUGAAUUUUAAUAAAUUUGAAAAUAAUUCACAAUUGAAUAUUGAAAAUCAACAACAACAUCAAAAUAUCUUUGAAAAAUUAAAUAAUGAUAGUGAAUUAAAUUGUUGUAAUUGUAAUAAACGUAUUAAAAUCUUAACCGAAGAAAUUGAUAAUUUAAAAGAAAUAAUUAAUAGACGUGAUACUGAAAUUCAUAAAUUAAAAAGAGAAAUACAUAAAUUAAAGAGCGUUUUACAACAAACAAAUGUAAAUCAAAUACUUUUAAAUGAGAAAAAUAUUUUCCAACAAAAGCAUCAAAAUAAUUAUAGACAACAAAAUACAGUAGUUGCAGCCGGAACAUCAUCAUCGUCUUCGACAAUACAAAAUUCUUCAAAUCAUCAUCAUCAUCAUUCACAUCAUCAUCACCAACAUCAUCAACUUCAACAUGGAAAACAAGAAAAUUCAAUUAUUACUGAUUAUGAUUCAACAGAUAAUAGUAAAUUAAUCAAUGGUGAAUACAAUUAUGUUGGAUUAGUUGGAGCUCCAUCUAUAAUUAAAAGUAAUUAUGAUAAAAAAUUAAUCAAAGCAAAGAGUCAUGAUCAAGAUACCUUGCUUAAAGAUAAAAAUAAUUUAGAAAAUACUUGUUCAUUAUGUAUAUCAAAGCGUUCUAGUUAUCAACCGACAACAGCACCGGUAGUAGUUGUUAAAAAACAAGGUGUAUCAGGUGAAAGUUGUGAUGCAACAAAUAAUCGAUCACAAAAUAUUCCAAUACCAAAAUAUGAAAAGGAUUUUAGAUCAAAACAACUUAUUAAAGAUGCCAUUAUGGACAAUGAUUUUCUUAAAAAUAUUGAUUCAACUCAAGUUCGUGAACUUGUUGAAUCAAUGUAUAAUUUAGAUGUUGCAAAUGGUGAAUUUGUUAUUAGAGAAGGUGACAUCGGUUCUCAUUUAUAUGUAUCAGCUGAAGGACAUUUUGAAGUUAUUAAAAAUGAUAUUGUAUUGGGUACAAUGGGUCCGGGUAAAGCAUUUGGUGAAUUAGCAAUUUUAUAUAAUUGUACAAGAACAGCAUCAAUAAGGGUUAUAUCAGAUGAUGCACGUGUAUGGGUAUUAGAUAGAAGAAUAUUUCAACAAAUUAUGAUGAGAACUGGUAUGCAAAGAAUUGAAGAGAAUAUAAGAUUUUUAAAAUCAGUACCAUUGUUAAAAAAUUUAUCUAGUGAUGUUUUGGCUAAAAUUGCUGAUGUAUUAGAAGUUGAAUUUUAUCCUGCCGGUACCUAUAUAAUACGUCAAGGUGCCAGCGGGGAUACAUUCUUUUUAAUAAGUCAAGGUACUGUUAAAGUAACACAAAAACUAGGAAAUUUACAAGAGGAAAAGGAAAUUCGAACUUUACAACGUGGUGAUUAUUUUGGUGAACAAGCAUUAAUAAAUGUCGAUAAAAGAACAGCUAAUAUAAUUGCAAUGACACCUGGCGUUGAAUGUUUAACACUUGAUCGUGAUUCAUUUAAUCAUUUAAUUGGUGAUUUAUGUGAAUUAAAAGAAAAAAAUUAUGGUGAUGAAAAUCGUAUAUUAGCUAUGAAAUUUUCUGAUGAAAAAGAAAUUAAAGUAUUUGGUACCAAUAUUGUACAAGAAUUUCCCGAACUAAAAUUAACUGACUUGGAAAUUGUUGCAACAUUAGGAAUUGGUGGUUUUGGUCGUGUUGAAUUAAUAAAAUGCUACCAUGAAAAUCGUAUAGCAACAUAUGCCCUUAAAUGUUUAAAAAAGAAACAUAUAAUUGAUACGAGACAAGAAGAACAUGUAUUUAGUGAAAGAACAAUUAUGUUGACAUGUAAAUCACCAUUUAUAUGCCGUUUAUAUAGAACAUUUCGUGAUGAAAAAUAUUUAUAUAUGUUAUUGGAAGCCUGUAUGGGUGGUGAAGUAUGGACAAUGCUUAGAGAUCGUGGUAAUUUUAAUGAAGAACAAACACAAUUUAUAACUGGUUGUGUAUUACAAGCAUUUGAAUAUUUACAUUCAAGAAAUAUUAUUUAUAGAGAUUUAAAACCAGAAAAUUUAAUGUUAAGUGAACAAGGAUAUGUUAAGUUGGUUGAUUUUGGAUUUGCAAAAUAUAUUGGAAAUAGUCAAAAAACGUGGACAUUUUGUGGUACACCAGAAUAUGUUGCACCUGAAAUUAUAUUAAACAAAGGACAUGAUCGAGCUGUUGAUUAUUGGGCUCUUGGUAUAUUAAUUCAUGAACUAUUAAAUGGAACACCACCAUUUACGGCCAAUGAUCCCAUGAAAACAUAUAAUAUUAUCCUUAAAGGAAUUGAUAUGAUAGAUUUUCCAAAACAUAUGCCAAAAUCUGCAGUAACAUUAAUAAAAAAAUUAUGCCGUGAUGUACCAGCUGAACGUCUUGGUUAUUCAAAAGGCGGAAUUGAGGAUAUUAAAAAACAUAAAUGGUUUCAAGGAUUCGAUUGGGAUAGUCUAGCAAAUUUAACAUUAAUACCACCAUUUUUACGGCCAGUAACAAAUCCUUUAGAUACAUCCUAUUUUGAUAAAUUUCCUGCUGAUACAGAUAUACCACCAGACGAAACAUCCGGUUGGGAUUCAGAUUUUUAAAAGGAAGAAUCAUAAAAAAUAAUGAAUAUAGAAGAAAAACAACAAAUAAAAAUAAUAAAAAUUGUAAUGGAAAAUAUUUUAUCAUACUUUUUUUUUGCUAUUUUUUUUGGUAUUUCUGUUUUCCUGCAUAUUAUGUACGUAAUAUACGAUUGUACAUAUGUGUAUGGUGAAUGAAAUUACAUAUCAAGAUAUGCAUAUACAAGUGAAAAUGUAACCAUAUAAAUAAAUUGUUAAUUUUAAUAAAAAAAUUCAAGACUUUUUUGAAUUAGAAAUGUGCAUGUAAUUUAUAUAUACAUAUAAGCGUAUACUUAUACAUAAGUAUACUUAUAUAAACUAUAUAUAUACCUACAUAUUAUUUUUUUCUAGUACAUAAACGUAUGGUUUUUAAUUUGUAAAUUUGGAAUAUUUUUGAGUCGAACUUUAAACCAAAAACACAAAACAAAAGAGUAAUAAGAUUAGAUUCAUGUUUGUAGGUCUAUCUUAGAAUAACAGCUGCAGCCCGAUUCUAUACUUUACUGCACAAAACAAUCUGCUCUAGUUUGUAAUUCUGCAAAAACUUUUCUGGAAAAUUUGCAGCAAAAAACUAAUACUAUACUUUCCUGCUGUUGUUUGUUAAUUUUUGUUUUGACUGUCUUUUGUGUUUUGACAUUUAUUGGAAACAUGAGCUUUUAUUUACAAAGCUAGUGCAUAUUAUAAGACCUGAGUUCGCAGAGAUUGUACACAUCUAAAUAACUAAACAAAAUAGUACUCUCUAUCAAAAUUACUUUCUUUUCUGUCAAAUUUGAAGUUUCAUUUUGUGACAUCUACUAUCCACUUGUCACUUAAUUUGUAAUUGAAAAAAAAUUUGUAUACAAUGACAUGCCAUUACCCACUUGUUACAUCUUCUAGUGUUUUUUUUUAAAUUCUUGAAUACAUACGCAAACUUAUUAUGAAGUGAUUUAAUUAAAAGUGUCAUAUUAAAUGAAUACUAAGUUCGAUUUUUUUAAGUACUCAAAUUUACUUUUAUAAUCACUUUAACUUUUUAUUUAUAAAUAAAAAAAAUUAAAAAUCUACUAAUAUCAUUUAAUUUUAUAGAUUUUUAUUAACUUUUUAGCUUUAAUUUUCUUCUUAUUCCCAAUAGAGCUUAAAGUUUUAGUUAAAAAAUUAAACAAAUUUUGAACAAGGGUAUAUUUGAAAUGGUUUGUAUUUGAAAUAAAUACAUCUUAAGUACAUAUCUAUGAAAAAAAAACAAAUUAUCAAUCAAUAUUUAAAGCCGUAAAGUUAUUAAAUAUCGUAGAUUCUAAAAUAUCUAAAAUUAUUUGAAAAAAAAGCAACUGAA